AUGGAGUUUGUAAUCUCACGUCGAGGGUCUGCGCUAGUGAAAGCCACGCUCCACGAUGAAACGUGGGGCUUUACUUCAUCAAGAAAACUUGGAUACGAUAGAAAUGCUGGCACGGUGACAAAGCAAGCGGAGAAUCUCGGGUUGGCUAGCUACUCAUCGGCCGAUGGACAGGCAUCAAUUAAGCCUUGGAAUGAGAGAUUGGGGCACACGUGUGAUCAUACCUCAAGAUUAUGGCUGAUCAAGGGCAUACCUAUGGUAGGGUUGUACCCGCACGUCAAAAGCCGAGAUGUGACGCAUGUCAUAUUGGCAAAAGGCGUCGCAUACAGCGCUAGAAAAAGACAGAUCGUAAAAUUUUUUGCACCGAAUCAAGUAGUGUACGCGGAUUUGAUGUUUCCAGUCAAGACAAUGGUAUUCAAUUCACUGCAAUACUCGUGA